AACCCUAAUCUGUAUAUCGCUUACGGGCUCGCACACAACAAAACCCUAGCUGUAGAGAGAUGGAUAUCGAUGGCGAAACCGAAGAAAAUUCAAGGCGGGUUCAAGUGCGCUUCGUGACAAAGCUCAAACCACCUCUCAAAGCCCCUCCCACAUCGAUUGCAAUCCCUCCGAACCUCACCAGAUUGGGCCUCUCCACCCUCGUUAACAAUUUACUCCAAUCCGGAAAUCCUGAUUGGAAACUUGAGCCCUUUGAUUUUCUAAUCGAUGGCGAGCUGGUGCGGAUGUCACUUGAAAAGUUCCUUCUUGCCAAGGGCAUUUCGGCGGAGAAGGUAUUGGAAAUUGAAUAUACAAAGGCUGUGGCCCCACGGAAAGAAGAAGAACCUUCUUUUCACGAUGAUUGGGUCAGUGCAGUCGAUGGUUCUGAUCCUAGGUUCAUUGUGACUGGGUGCUAUGAUGGUUUAGCAAGGCUUUGGAAAGCUUCUGGAGUGUGUACACAUGUUUUGGAAGGACAUUCUGAUGUAGUUGCUUCUGUGGGUAUCAUCAACCCAGAAGGUGCUGAGGCUGUUACUUUGGCCACUGCUUCUAAAGAUCGCACUCUGAGGCUAUGGAAGUUUGAUACAGAGGAGCCAAUCAAUAAUCCUAUCAAUGUAAGGGCAUUCAAAAUUUUGCGUGGACAUAGAGAAUCAGUACAGAGUGUUGCAGCCCAGAAAACUGGAGACAUGGUUUGUUCAGGUUCUUGGGAUUCAACGAUCAAUUUAUGGCGAACAAAUGACAACACUGAUGGUGAUCUUGUCUCAAUUAAGAAGAGAAAAGUGAAUGAUCAAGCUGACGAGUCUCAAUUGGAGGGGGAGGCCGUGUCUACACUUGUAGGCCAUACACAAUGUGUAUCUUCCGUGGUUUGGCCGCAGCAUGAAACAAUUUAUUCUGCAUCAUGGGAUCAUUCUGUUAGAAGGUGGGACGUUGAGACAGGCAAAGACUUGACAGAUAUAUUCUGUGGGAAAGUACUCACCUGCAUUGAUGUUGGAGGUGAGAGUUCUGCUCUCAUUGCAGCCGGUGCUUCUGACCCCAUUCUUAGGAUAUGGGAUCCUCGUAAACCAGGAACUUCUGCUCCGGUCUUUCAGUUCUCAUCUCACACUUCUUGGGUUUCUGCUUGCAAGUGGCAUAAAAAAUCUUGGUUUCAUUUAGUUUCUGCAUCCUAUGACGGGAAAGUUAUGUUAUGGGAUCUAAGAACUGCGUGGCCUUUGGCUGUCAUUGAAUCGCACAGAGACAAGGUACUAUGUGCGGACUGGUGGAGAGGUGACAGCGUGGUAAGUGGCGGUGCAGACUCAAAGCUCUCCAUUUCUUCUGGAAUUCCUGUGCUUUAAGCUACGGUGCCGCUGUUUAAAGCUUCAGCACAUGUUGAAAUUAAAUGGGGAAAGAAAGGAAUUUUAGUUCUUGCUUUCUGUUUAUGUAACAUAAGCAAUUUUAUUUCAAACACCAUAUGGAAGGAUUACGACGGCCUUCCCCACUUUUUGUUGUGGCCAGAGUGGCAUCCAAGUUUUGGUGGAAUUGGAUCCAUUUGCCUUAUUGUUAAACCAAAGAAAGAAGAAAGACAGAUUGAGAAAUAGUGUACUGUUUUGCCA